AUGAAUAUAACUGUGAAUAGAGUCACCCAAGGAAUAGCUCUGUAUAAUUCAAAAAAUCCUCCAAUCAGCACUAUCUGCAAAGGCUAUGAACCAUCAUUUGCUACAAUUGAAAUAUGUGAAGUAUUCGUGAUGGAAUGUAAAGAUUAUAAAUAUGGGCCAAACUGUGUAUUUGAUUGUGGUCACUGCAAAAAUAACACACUCUGCUCGAAGAUUGAUGGGACAUGCGAAAAUGGUUGUGAAACAGAAUGGAGUGGAUCCUUUUGCCAUAAAGUAUCAUCUGCAAAUGAGCAUACAGGGUACUAA